AUGUCUGCCCAAGUUGCUAAGGCCGAGAACCCCUGCCGAUCCCUUCGCUUGUCGAAGUUGGUCCUGAACAUCUCCGUCGGAGAGUCCGGUGAUAGACUCACUCGUGCCGCCAAGGUUCUCGAGCAGCUGUCCGGUCAGACCCCCGUCUACAGCAAGGCCCGUUACACCGUCCGUACCUUCGGUAUCCGUCGUAACGAAAAGAUCUCCGUCCACGUCACCAUCCGUGGCGCCAAGGCUGAGGAGAUCCUCGAGCGUGGCCUCAAGGUCAAGGAGUACGAGCUCCGCAAGCGCAACUUCUCCGAGACCGGUAACUUCGGAUUCGGUAUCAGCGAGCACAUCGAUCUCGGUAUCAAGUACGAUCCCGGUAUUGGUAUCUACGGCAUGGACUUCUUCGUCUGCAUGGACCGCCCCGGUGCCCGUGUCGCCAAGCGCCGCCGCUGCCAGUCCAAGAUCGGUGUCAACCACCGCAUCACCACCUCCGAGACCAUGAAGUGGUACAAGACCAAGUACGAUGGAAUUAUCCGUUAA